UCUUCUCCCUGCCGGCCAUAUUUUCCCAGUUAGCCCAAGGCUUUCAUUUCCCCGGCUGGUAGUGCCUCGUGUGGUAGCUGUACAUAUUCGUUUCUUCUUUUUUGUAUAGAUACAGGUUCCGAUUCAAUUCUAUACCUAUCCGCCUUAGUACGCCUCAAUGCGAAGGCAAUUUCAUCCCUUUCACCUUUAAUUUCCGAUGGCGCGUCCAGACAGGCGCGUCAGUAUAGCGGUAGCUAGGAUUAUACCUCUGGUGUUGCUUUGUACUGUCAUUUACGCCUCAUACGCCAUUACAAAACCUCUGUGUAUCGACUACCUUAUCCAUCCUCUACCGAAGUAUGAUCGCAGCCCUAGAAUUGGUACUGGAGCAGCGAUAGUUACUGUAUAUUACGUUUUCCUCAUUCCGGUGAUUGUAACGUACCUUCGGCUAUUGUAUAAUGUCAUCUGGAAUCCCGGCUUCCUCCCACGAGGAUCUCCAUCACUUCUUGAUCAACAGAACGCCGAGGUGCCGACUCCACAUCGCCGGGAGAGCAAGCGGAGGAAGAGAAGCCAUCGAAUGCCGAAAACAACAGAGAAAUCGGACAUAUCGGAUGAGGUAGAUAUUGAAAGGGGCGUCGAUCACAACGCUGGAGGAAACGCAUUUCCCCUAGAUACGAAAGGAUUGGAAAGCUUUUAUACGAAGGAUGUGUUUGUGUGUCAGCCAGAUGGAAGGCCUACAUACUGUUCUACUUGUUGUCAGUACAAGACAGACAGAGCGCACCAUUGUCGGGAAGUAGACCGGUGUGUUCGUAAAAUGGAUCACUUCUGUCCUUGGGUAGGAGGUGUGGUCUCGGAAACAUCAUUUAAAUUCUUCAUUCAGUUUGUGUCCUAUACCACCGUCUUUUGCACGUUUGCUCUUAUUGUUUGUGCGAUAUUUACUGCUGAGCUCCGACGAGAAACUGGCGAGGUGAACCCUCAUUGGGCUGUUGGCAUUGGACUGAGUUGUCUUUUUGGGGUUUUCGCCUUUGGAAUGACUCUCAGCUCUGUACAGCUGGCUAUGUAUAAUUUGACGACAAUUGAGAACUUGAAUCGUCGGUCUGCGGUUUGGACAUUGGCUAUACGUGUGCCCGGGCAUAUGCUUUCCAAGCUCAAUCCCAACUCCCGGUGGGCACCGACAUUCCGUACUAUAACUUACCCUUUACCCCCGAGGCCUCCAAAUGCGGAGGAUAUAGCAGAGCACCAGCAAUAUCAGCCAGCAGGAGAACAGCAUGUAUUUGCUGUUCUCCAGACCCUCCCAGGCGAAAAUCCUUUCGACCUGGGUACUUCUUUCAAAAACCUCCAACAAGUCUUGGGUUACUCUCUUUUUGAUUGGUUACUUCCUCUCAAGCAUAGCCCAUGUGCAGAUCAUAGUAGUCUGGAAAGCGCUUUUGCGCUUGGGCCGGUGGUAAAGAGGCUAAAGGCCGAGGCCGGACUCGAGCAUCCCAUGGCGGAAGAUAGCGAGCCUAGAGAUAGGGCAUCGAAGCGUAAACGGAGACGAAGCAAACAUAAACAGCACAGUUGAGAUACAAUUUCGGUUAAUAGAUACUGGGAACAUUGCGGCGAUGCUCGAUCCUUAUUCAAGCAUUGCACCUGGGAAUUUCUUUUUGUUCAACACCUUUACAGGCUUUUGGGCACAGUAUCACUGGCUAACUUGGACCACACGAAGCAAUCAAUAACAUACAUUAAUAAGAGUAGAGAUAUAUAGCCUCAGUGCCGUGAGAAAUACUCCAGCCUAUUGGUACAUAAGACUAAACAUAACUAAUGAUAAGCCAUUAAAUAGCCGAGAAUAAAUACAUAUGUAUGCAUGACGUGCAGAUAACCCCGUA